AUGGGGAAAUGGGGCAAAGCGUGGGCAAACGCCAACGCUGGCAGCGUGAGUGGCAACAAGUCCUCUGGCAACAUGUUGCCAAGCGGUGGUCAUGUUGCUGGCCCAUGUUGCCGGCCUGUGGUGAGUUUGGCGUUGGCUGCCGCAACUGUUGGUCCAAUUGGGAGUCCAAGAACUGGUGGCAGUGCUCAGCAUUCAGUGCACGACGGAGUCUUCGAGACGGCGGCACACGGCGCGGCAACCGCUGAUUCACCACUGUUGUCUGCGCUCGCGCCGCUGGCCACGAGUGCUGCACUGCAGCUCAAUGCCAGCUAUGCCGCCGAGGAGAUCUACGGCGCCAGCGGCAGCGGCAGUGGCAGCGGCAGCGGCGACGGCUUCAACGGCAGCGAUCUCUACAUCUACAGCAAUGAGCUGCCGGAGCCGGACGCGACGAUCGCCACACCCGCCUCGAUUGGCGACAGCAAUGCAUCGGUGCCGGCGGUGCUGCCCACAUUGGUAACGGCGCAGCCGACCAAUCGCAGCGUAUCGCGCGUCAUCGCCGAUGUGCCCAUCUGGGUGAUACCCUGCUAUAGCAUCAUUCUGCUGUGCGCCGUCGUUGGCAAUCUGCUGGUGGUGCUCACCCUGGUGCAGAAUCGCCGCAUGCGCACCAUUACCAACGUCUUUCUGCUCAACCUGGCCAUCUCGGACAUCCUGCUGGGCGUGCUCUGUAUGCCCGUCACACUCGUCGGCACGCUGCUGCGCAACUUCAUCUUUGGCGAGUUCCUCUGCAAGCUCAUUCAGUUCUCACAAGCCGCCUCUGUGGCCGUCUCCUCGUGGACUCUGGUGGCGAUAUCCUGCGAGCGCUACUACGCCAUUUGCCAUCCGCUCCGGUCGCGCACCUGGCAGACGAUCAACCAUGCCAACAAGAUCAUCGCUUUCAUCUGGCUGGGCAGCCUGGUCUGCAUGACGCCCAUUGCGGUAUUCAGCCAGCUGAUGCCCACCAGUCGCCAGGGCUUGCGCAAGUGCCGCGAGCAGUGGCCCGUCGGCUCAUUGGGCUAUGAGCGCGCCUAUAAUAUCUUCCUGGACCUGGCGCUGCUGGUGCUGCCGCUGCUCGCCCUGAGCUUUGCCUACAUGUUCAUCACGCGCACGCUCUAUGUGAGCAUGCGCAACGAGCGCGCCAUGAACUUUGGCAGCAGCGGCCCCGACGUCGGCCUGACCACCAGCAGCAGCAGCAACAACAACAGCUGCAGCGGCAGCCGUCGCACCUUCGGCAGCUCCAACUAUCUAAUGCGCAUGCAGAUGCGCCAGGAGGCGCUGGCCGCCGACAGCGCUGCCCAGCUGGACAUGUUGCUACAGCAGCAGCAGCAGCAGCAGCAACAGCAGCAACAACAAUGUGGAGCAAACCAAUAUUAUUAUGCUGAUGGAUAUAAUCACGGUGGGAGCAAGCGUCGCCUGUUUGGCUCGUGCGAUGGCCGACGGCAUCUCUAUUGCAUGCGCAGUGCUUCGGUCAAGUCGGUGCGACAUCAGCAGCAGCAGCAGCAGCAGCAGCUCAGCGUGUCCGGCGAAUGCUGUGGCCGACUGCAGCGAAUGACCACAAUGAGGCAACAGCAGCAGCAGCAGCAGCAGCUGUACAUGAGCUCAGCCAAGGAUGGGGAGAGAAGGAAAUCGUUGUCCACGCCCAGCUUGCGCGUCACGGAGGCGACGCUGCGCAGAUCGAAUGAGAGCAAGAGCUUGGAGAGCAAGAAGCGCGUGGUGAAGAUGCUGUUCGUGCUGGUGCUGGAGUUCUUCAUCUGCUGGACGCCGCUGUAUGUGAUCAACACAAUGACGAUGCUGAUUGGGCCCGUGGUGUAUGAGUAUGUGGACUAUACGGCCAUCAGCUUCCUGCAGCUGCUCGCCUACUCCUCCAGCUGUUGCAAUCCGAUUACCUACUGCUUCAUGAACGCCAGCUUCCGGCGCGCCUUUGUGGACACCUUCAAGGGCAUGCGGCUGUGCAAUGGGGGACGCUUCGGAUUCUGUCGUCGGCGCUCCAACAACAAGACGAAUUUGUCCGUGGCCGGAAAUUCGAUUGCGCUGGCCAAUUCCGUGAUGUCUAGCCACACCAUACUGGAGAGUCCACGACUCUGAGGCAGUCGACGUCAGCUGACGUCAAUGAAGCUGCGUUCGCUGAGAGAUAGAGAUAGGGAUAGGGAUAGGGAUAGGGAUAGGGUUAGAGAUAGGGAGAGCGUCAAUGUGCGUGUGGGCAAUGGCACGAACGAGGGGCUGAUGGAGACGGAGUCACUGUAGAGUAGACUAGACCGUUAUAAAUAUGUAUGUGAUGUGCAAGAAACUGAAACUGUGGUUGUCAACGAUUCUACUCCAAGUAAGUUGUGUUUUGGUAUGGAUGAAAGAGAUAUACAUGUAUGUAUGUGUACAUAUACAUAUAUAUAGACUAUAUACUAUAUGUUGCUAUUGGGUUUCAACUCAUGAAACUAACUAAAACCUAUUUGUAUUAUUAAUCGUAUCACUUCAGAGCUGUUGCAUUGUCUUUUAUUGUAAUAUCUAAUUGUUAAAUGUAAAUUGUUGGACUUA